UCUGUUCGGGUCAUUUGGUGUCGGACCGUCUAGUAAAUAACAUCGCGCUUUCUCCAGUUCUUCAAAAGCUGUGAAAUAGUAAAAAAUACUGCUAUGUCUGCAAAAGUUGAAAGUUUGAUUCCAGAAUACCUGAAUGAGGAUCUAAUUACGGAAACCCUCAUCAAGGAAUAUGAAAGCAAGGAUAUUGUGGUGGAAGAGUUCGACGUUUCUCCGGCUACGUCCGCUGGGGAUAAUUAUUUGAGCGAUGUAUUUCGAAUUCCUGUUAAGUUUCGGCGAUCACCGGCGGAGCAAAAGAGCGAGCAGAUUUCCUUUGUCGUCAAGUGUCUCCCUGAUACGGGCAAUCGAGGACCGGUGAUUGAUGAGUUGGAUGCCUUCCACAAGGAAGCUCAAAUGUUUACGAAAGUAGUACCAGAGCUAUCGAAGAUUUCCGGAAACGAGUUUUUUGCGGCCAAAUGUUUCCUAGCCACGGAUGCUCCCAACCGCAUGCUGGUAUUCCAUGACCUGAAAUCGCUCGGAUACACCAUGGCUAAUCGCCAAGCUGGCCUCGACUAUGAUCAUUGUGCCGCCAUCAUGAAGAAGAUAGGAAAAUUCCACGCUGCCUCGAUGGCGUUUUCUCGCGAAAACAUGGAUCUGCUGAACAAAUAUUUCCACUUCAAUAUGUUUAACCCCGACGUAGAUGUCAGAACCGACUGCAUAAACGUCGUCUUCGAGAAAGGUCUAAGAACACUGAUUUCUAUGAUUGAGGAGAACUGGAGCGACUUCGAUCCUGUUAUCUUGGGAAAGCUUAAGAAAAUCCAUCCUGUUUACGUUGCGAAACUGGAAGCUUGCCUGACUCAGAAAUUCGAGGAUGGUUUUAAAGUUUUGAACCACGGAGACCUUUGGUGCAACAACAUGCUAUUCAAAUAUGACGAAAAAUCAGGAAAAUUGGACGAUGUUGUGUUCGUUGACUACCAACUGAGCUAUUUCUCGAGUCCAGGAAUUGAUAUCAAUUAUGCUUUGUCAAACUGUCCUGAUUUGGAAACCCGAGCGCGCGAGGAUGAUUUGGUUGGAAUUUAUCAUCAAUCACUCAGCGAAACGCUCAAAUCGAUCAACUAUCCUUGGAUCCCAACAAUGGCCGACGUUCAACAGGAGAUCCGCCGAAUGAAGUUCUUUUCCCUAGUUUCGGUUGUAUCAAUUUUACCCAUAACUAUGAUGGAGAAAACAGAUGCUUUGGAAGUAAACUUUGAAAGCAUAACUGAUGAAAAACAAUCGGAGAUAAUUCGGAAGAUACAGUAUAGUGGAAAACAAUAUCAGGCAAUUGUGAAACCAAUGCUGGAAAAAUUUAACGAACAACAUAUUUUGGAUGUAUAAAUAUGAGAAGGAACUAAGAAAUGUGAAUAUCGCUGUCAUCUGAAAAGUCAGAUCAUCACCCAAGCAACAAUUCUUCUAAUUCAAGUUUUUUAUUGACGUGUACGAAAUUGUUAAAAAAAUUGUAUAAAAAAUUACAGAAAAAUGUAAGCUUUGUGGACAUAUAUUGUAUAAACAGAUUUUUAAGAAUGUUAUACAAUAUUUGUAUAAGAAUUUAGCAAUUUUGUAUAUGCCAAUACUGUAUACAUAUUUUGGAAGAAUAGUAAGAAAAUCUAGCUUCCGCUGGUUUGGUAUACCAAUGAUAACACAUUUCUAAAAAUAUCGCUACUGUGGGUCUUGUCCGAAGAGUUUUAUAACCAAUAAAUAACGAAAAAGUUCGUGGGAUCCGAUGUAGCGUCAAAAUGCUGUAAUGAGUGUUCUCUAAUACAUAGGCUUGUGAACGAGAACAUGUACUCACACAUUAAUAACAAAAAACGCGAAGUUUUGCUUCGGAAAAGGAUUUCCGCCUUAAUAGUCGGCUAUUUCAUAAAGUUUAGUGUAUGUACUAAUAAAAAAACCACAACAGAAACAUGUAAAAAUCUAAGCAUGUACAUUGUACAGUUAUACAACCCGAGAUGAAUUGUCGACUAAAUAAAGAUUUAUUUCCAUCACGCCUAA